AUGGUUAAUUCAAAAAACUUAAUCUUAGCUCAAGAAGAAGUAGGACGACUUGCGACAAUCACAUCCAACUCAUCGCAAUCGUCAAUUCAACCUUUGCGGCCCACUAAAGAUGAUGAUGUCAGUAUUUCCCAAAAAGAGAUCCCAUCACAGUACAUUGACAUUUCCAGUUCAACUCUAACUCCUGAGGAAAUAGAGCAAAGAGAUAACUCUUGGAAGUUCAAGAUCGAAAGGUUCUUUUGGGACGGGACUGGAAAACACCCCAAGGAGCAAAAAUAUCUAUUCAAAUUGGAUUUCUUUUUGUUGACUUCAUCAUGUUUGGGAUAUUUCAUCAAGAAUUUGAAUCAAUCUAAUGUCACAACCGCUUAUGUGAAUGGUAUGGAUGAAUAUUAUAACAUGAACAAUAACCAGUACAACUAUAUGGUUACAUUAUUCACAGUUGGAUACAUUAUUGGCCAAAUUCCGUCUAAUAUGAUCUUGCAUCGAAUUUCAGCUCGGUUUUAUCUUGGUGGAUUGGAAAUUCUUUGGCUGAUUUUGACAUUGUUGAUGAUUACUGUCCCACCAACCAAUAUCAAAGGAAUGUAUGCAUUGAGAUUUUUUAUUGGAUUAUUGGAAUCGGGCUAUUUCCCCGCUUUGGAGUACUUGUUGGGGUCAAAUUACGGCACUACUGAAUUACUGAAACGAUCAUCAUACUUUGCAGUUAGUUCGGGAUUGGCAGGGAUUAUUAGUCCUUUGUUACAAGAAGCUAUCAUUAAAAGGUUUACUCAUUCUAGUUUGCCACCUUUUAAAUGGAUGUUUGUGUUUGACGCAGUUAUUAGUUUCCCCAUUGGCAUAUAUACCAUGAUUGUUGAUCCCAAUACCCCACUGACUACUGAUGCAUUUUAUUUCACAGAUGAGGAUAAGUUAGUGGGGUUGGAAAGGAGAAGAUUGUUGGGAGCUGAAUUAAAUACGAGACAGCCGUUUACUUGGCAAAAGAUUAAGUCAUUCUUCAGCACCUGGCACAUUUACAUAUUCCCAUUCUUAUUCUUGUGCAAUAAUAAUAGUUGUGCUGCUCAUAAUCAACCGACAUUCCAGUCAUUUAUGAAGAAUUAUUUGCACAAACCAUCAAGUGUAUAUAACACAUGGCCUUCGGUAAUCAGUGCAAUAUCAAUAGGAUUGACACUAUGUUUUGCAUACACCAAUGACAUACUAGGUGGGAGAAAGAAUGUUUGGUUUGUCAAUGCAUUUUUCAUUUGUUUAAUCAUUGGAUGUGCAUUGCUUGCUUCAUGGAAUAUCCCUUUGGGAUUGCAUUGGUUUUCAUAUUUCUUGAUUGGCUUACCACCAAUGUGGGGGAUGCCAUUUAUCUUUUCUUGGAUCAACAGGUUACUCUAUGCUGACGAUAUGAAGAGGAAUUUUGUUGUUGUUGUUACAAAUACAGCUGCGUAUGUUACAGGUGCUUGGGUUCCUAUUCUUGUUUGGAAUACCAAUGAUAAACCUGAAUAUUUUAUUGGCUUUACCUACACAGCAGUGUUAUCUUCAGUGGGGUUAAUUUUGACAUUAGUGGUGCAUAUCUUGAGUAGUAGAGACGAAAGAAGGGCAAAAAGAGAAAAUGUUAUAGAGGGGGGGAGUAGUUCCUCAAUCGAGGAUUAUACAGAUAUAUAA